AUGCGCUCCAUCGCUACAAAGCUUCCCCUCCUCCUCGCCGCUUCGGCUACUAUUGUCGUUGGCCUGGAUGCGACUACUACGGGGACUAAGUCCGUUAGCACGGGGUCUUCGAGUAAAUGUGCUGCGCAAAAGGUCGUCGACCAGUGCCUCCAAGACAUGAAAUUCCAACUUGAAAACUGCGGUACAUAUGACUGGGACUGCCAGUGUAUCGGUAGCACCAACGUGGUCGACUGCUACAACAACUGCCCCGAACACCCAGACCGAGUCGGCGCCCAAACAAUCCGCCAACAAAACUGUGCCAACGCCAAAGCCUACGACCCAAAAACAACAUCCUCAACCCCCUCCUCAACCGCAAGUUACGACAUCCCCAGUUCCUCCUCCUCCGCCGCAUCGUCCGCCCACGCCUCGGAGUCCACCAGUAUCCCCAGCGGCCUGAAGAGUACCACCGACGACGAGGACUCCAGCUCCGAGCCGACCAAGUCGCUGACAGGCUUGGCGGCAAGUUCGACUUCGUCACAGGGGGCGGCCGCGGGGGCUGUUGGGGCUGCUGGGGGGUGGGUUGCGUUUUUGGGGUUGGCGUUGGGGGUUUUGUUUUAG